UGUUUUCCUCUGUAUCUCCAGAAGCUACGUGCAGCUGCGCUCAUGAACCCACCGAGCCAGCGUCUAGUUUUGGGCAGAAACUUUCCGGAUCUGUGACAGCCCACGAACAUCAGAGAUGUUCUGGCCGUGGUUCCGGGUAGCAGCCCUCCUGUGGCUUUGCCACGGCUCUCUGGGAGGCUCUGGGCGGCUGUACUCGGAGGACGACCCGCUGGUGAUCCUGAGCAGCACCAGCCUGAAGACCACCGUCACUAACUCCUCCUCGGCCUGGCUGGUCCAGUUCUACUCCUCUUGGUGCGGACACUGCAUCCAGUACUCCAGCACAUGGAAGGCGCUGGCCCAUGACGUGAAAGACUGGCGCCAGGCCAUCGCUGUGGCCGUGUUGGACUGUUCUCAGGAGGAAAACUUUGACAUCUGUAAAGAGUUCAGCAUCAAGUUCUACCCAACAUUCAAGUAUUUUCGGGCUCACGGUUCACCGACAGACAAAGGGACCGUCUACAGAGGAGCCGACAGGGAGGUCCGGUCCAUCCGCCAGUUGAUGGUCAACAUCCUUCAAAACCACACCAGGCUGGACCGCCCUCAGAGAUGCCCUCGCUUAGAGCCAUACAGCUCUGCCCAGCUGCUCCCUCUGUUGGGUCAAAGGUCGGAUCAUUACACUGCCAUUAUCGUGGAGGAAUCGGAGUCAUUUGUUGGCCGGGAGGUGAUCCUGGACCUGCUGCAGUACUCAGGUGUACAGGUGAGGAGAGCUCUGAGCUCUGAGCUUCCCCUGCUGGACAUCCUGAACAUCACAGCCUUCCCAUCCAUUUACCUGCUGCAUCCUAGUGGGACACACGCUCACCUGCACAGUGAGAAGAGGCUGCGUUUCUUCUUCUCCUCCUUGCUGAGGACUCUCCCAGGUGUACAGCGCCGCAGCAGUUUCGAGGUGGCUCAGAUGGGGGCGCUGAAGGACAAACAGAACUCAGAGUGGAGGGACUUUGACAGGUCCAAGGUGUACACAGCUGACCUAGAGUCAGCGCUUCACUACCUGCUGAGGGUGGAGCUCGCCGCCCACAGCACGCUGGAGGGCGAGGAGCUAAAGGUGUUCAAAGACUUUGUCACUCUGGUUGCCAAGCUCUAUCCAGGUGGAGGCUCUGUGGUGAAGCUGAUGGAGACACUCUCUGAUUGGCUGCUCAGUCUGCCACUGCAGCAAAUCCCCUACCAAGCUGUUCUAGACCUGGUGGACAACAAAAUGAAGAUCUCAGGUGUGUUCCUGGGGGCGGAGCUUCGCUGGGUGGGUUGCCAGGGCAGCAGGCCAGGGCUUCGAGGUUACCCAUGUUCCCUGUGGACUCUGUUUCACGUUCUGACUGUUCAGCAUGAUGCUACGCCCACCGUGCUGGACAACACAGGUCUGGAGGGCAAGGCUGCUCCGGUGCUGCAGGUGAUGCGUCACUAUAUCCGGACGUUCUUUGGCUGUAAGGAAUGCGGCCAGCACUUUGAGCAGGCAGCAGCCGCCAGCAUGGAUGAGGUGAAGAGUCCAGAGGAGGAAGUCCUGUGGCUUUGGAAUCAACACAACCGGGUCAACGCCAGACUGGCUGGGUCUCUGAGUGACGACCCACUCUUUCCCAAAGCUCCAUGGCCAAGCCCCGCCCUCUGCCCCGCCUGCCACGAGGAGAAAAAUGGCGUCCAUGUGUGGAUCCAAGACAACAUCCUGCGUUUCCUGCGACAUCACUACGGCGCCUCCAACCUGUCCCUUAGGUACUCCCUGGUUCCCCCACACCUCCCUGAUGCUCCUGGUCUCCUCCAGACCAGACAGACUCAGGAGGAGCAUCCAGCUGCAGGUGGAGGGAGGAAGGCUGAGGAGCAGCAAGGCCCUCAACCCGAACAGCCGGCUCAGAAGGAGAAAGAAAAGAAGGAGGUUCUGGGCACAGGAAGAGGUGGAGUGUGGAUUCUGGGUCUGGGCUUCAACAGCAUCGACAUGAGUCUGUGCGUGGUUCUGUACGUCAGCUCCUGCCUCUUCCUGAUGCUCCUGUUCUUCUUUUUCAAAGUCCGAUCCCGGAGGUGGAAACUCCGACACUCCCGGCUCUACGUUUGAUCCAGAACAGAUCGGAUCUGUCUUCAUCUCAUCUUUAAAAUGGAUCAAACAUUGUUGAGGGUGUCUGAAUCGGUGUCUUAGCAAUUGAUCGUCCCGGUUCUGGAUCCAGGGUUGUUUUUUUUUCAGACGGUUCUGUGAGGAAACCAUCUCAGAUUAAUGAGCGUUGUUGAACUUCUCCCAUCCUCCUGGAAGCAGCGAAUGAAACAUGUGGUCAGUCUAUAGGACCCCACCAGCACUGAACCGGCUCACAACUGGACCUGAUCAGAUUGGUUCUGGAUGUUUUAGUGACUGAAGAUGUUCAAUUUGUUUCUGUUAUUUAUUUUAUACUGUGAAACUUUUUUCUUAACACGUCAGACAUGAACUGGACUCUGUUCCUUCCCAGAGUAGAAGACAUGAUAUUAGACCAGCAGAACCCUGAAUCUGAACUGGACCCGAACUGUGUGCCAUAUGUUUAACCUGCUGAUACCCACAUCCACUCAGGCCUGACCCACAGUCCUGCUGCUUUUUGUGAGGACUGGUUCCAGGACUGUGAAGAUGGACCUCUGUUUGACAUUGACUUCAGUGGAUGAGCUCAGUUUGGUUUGAGGGUCAGGGGUAGAACCAGGACAACAUCACGUUGUUCUGGUCUUUUAAACACUGGUUCUGAAUCAUGGUCUGAGGAAAGCAGAACAACGAGAAUGUAUGUGAGAUGAUUAUUGAUGAAAACAUGGACCUUGGACUUGAUGAACUUCUUCUUUCCGUCCAUCCUCUGGUAUUCUGGUAGAUUUGGCGCCACCUGGUGGUCACCAGCUCGGUAAAAUAAAAGCUUUUGUUUUCCCAGCUGAAGAUAAAGAUGUAGAUAGACUGAUUCUGAUGCUUGUUUACAUCAUCGUACAGAUGUGGAAAUGUUGUUUAUUGGUCCGUUGAGGGGAGUUUAUUUCCGGUCCUGUAGGUGGCGUGCUUGAGUCGGGUCAGGUGUGACGAGUUUCUGCAGGUAAACUCAUGGUUUUAGAUGUUUUCUGCUUGAUGGUUCUCCAGCUGUUUUUGAGCUGUGAAUCUGUUUGAACUGUUUCUCUACUCAGUAUUUCUUUCAGAUUGUAUUUUUCUGAUUAAUAAUGUGUGAAUAAAUGUUGCUGCGGCACUCGCAGAGAACUGAG